ACAAUGCAAGCAGGUGCACAAAGACAAUCGGUAAAAUAGUGCACACGACGACUGUUGGUAAAAUAGAAAUGACCGAACAUAACCUAUGUUUUUUUUUAUUUUAACGCCAUAAAAAAAUCAUGGACAGGGUUGAUACGAACUGUCAAAAUUCCGAUCGUGAUAUGAAAUUUCUCUUUGAUCAAUUAUCAACGGCUAGAAAGGAAAUAAAUAAUCUCAGACAACAACUAAAGAGUUUACGUUAUAUUCACGAAAAGGACGUGGACAAUAUAAAACGACUUCUUGGAUUAUGUUCAGAUGGAGUUUCACUAGUUUCAUCGAAUCCCGAAAGUUCACGGGUUAUUGAACCUGGAACAAGUCACGAAUCGGAAGAUGUUUUAAAAUUAAAAUCAAUUGGAGUGAUAUCGACAUGGUUCCCAAGUAAAAGAGGAACGCCACGACAAUCAGGAAUUUGUGAACGCGUUCCUGGAAAAUUAACACUCUUUAAUUCUGUUUUAAAUAAUCCCGAGCAUGCACUCGAAGGAUUACAUGAAUUUUCACAUAUGUGGAUUCUCUUCCAUUUUCAUAGAAACGAAUCAACUCACAUUAGAGCGAAGGUGGCGCCACCGCGUCUAAAUGGCGCAAGAACUGGUGUUUUCUCAACGCGUUCACCCCAUCGACCAUGUCCCAUUGGUCUAAGUCUCGUGAAGAUAAUAAAAAUCGAGAACAACACUAUUUUCUUCGAGGGCGUCGAUAUGGUCGAUCAAACGCCAGUUCUUGACAUUAAACCCUAUAUACCACAGUACGACAAUCCAUUGCACCAGGAAAAAUUAAAUACCCGAUCAAUGAAUCUCGAGACUCUGACAAAUGGCGAUGGCACCGAUUUACCGAUGGUACAAUUGCCGACUAACGAUAAUGACAAUGUCCAAAUUUCAAAUUCACAAUCCGAAGAAUUGUCAACGGCGGUCAAUGAAGACACGGACGUUUCGAGGGAUGAGGAAAUUGCCCUACGACUACAGGCGCAAGAAUUUCAGGACUAUGGUAACUUUGAGAAUGAUGUGCCUGAUGCAAUUUUACAUAUUUUACGUCCUCAGCAGGAGAAUAUCGCGAGGAAUAAUCAUGUGUCAUUGAUGAAUUCAGAGAAUAAUGAGAGUUCAUCGAGAACUGAGGUGGUGAACGAAACUGGAGAAACUUUGGAGAGAGUUAGAAAUAAUGCUGGUGAGGAUCGAACUUGGCGGAAUUCGAGACUUCUUGAGGGUGCGGAUGGACCGAGUACGGUUUGCGGCACGGAUUUGGAUUUAAUUCGACGAAGGGCUUUGAAUGGGAGAUUGGAUAAUUCGCCGAUAAGAAUGGGAGUUCGUGAGGCACCCGAUGGAGAAGAAGGCUUUGAGACGCCAAUUCUCACGCCUUCGCAAACUGUACCGGGAAAUUUGUCCGUUAUUGAGCCGAUUCCAUUGUCCGUUAUUGCUGCAACGACGACGACAACAACAACAACAACAACGACAGGAAUUAUGAAUACAAAUACAAAUGAAAUUCGUGUUCCCGAUUGGAUUUCAAGGCCGCAAAUGUCGACAUUGUCGGUGGUUUUUAAUGAACGAGCCCUCGCGCAAUUAAAUGAAAUUCUCGACGAUAAGGCCGACGAGGAGAAGGUGGCUAUUGAAAAUGUUUUACGUGAAGAUCCACGCUCUGUUUAUCUGCGACAACGAUGGGGCAAUCAAUUUUACACUUUUCUAAUUCACGAUCUUCAUAUUACGUGUCGAUUUUACGAUAGCAGAAAACUCGUCACGGUUUUUCAAGUGAGACACGCUGGUCGAACGUGCGAGUGCGGUGAACCCGAAUGGCAGUGUCUGGGUCAUUCGCCUUUAAAUUAGGACACGAUUUUUGUGUUUUCUUCCCGUUAAUCUAAGAUAACCUCAAAAUUGUUUAUCUGCACCAAAAGGAAAAUAUAGGAAAGCUUGCAUUUUGCACAAAUUUCCAUAUAGCUUCGAUCAGUGUACGAAAUUUUAAAAGUUCUUCUUCUUUUCUUCUUCUUCAUUUCUUUCAAAUGACUUAAGAUCAUUUGAGAAGAAGAAGAACAAGAACUUUCUUUCAAUUCUGAGCAAAGCAGUGAUACCAACAUGAAACGUAAACAACGACAAUGGAAAUAUAAUCUCAAUUUUUCGAAAUAUGUUGGUAUCACUGAAUAUUUGUUUAGAACCUGCAGUGACUUACUCUAAAUCGAAGUGAUAAUGCUUCAAAAACUAUUCAUAAAUUUGUCAAAGUUUUCUUCAAAAUCAGUUUCAAAAUCUAUAUUUUAUUAAUUUAUUAAGAAUAUUAAGAACUUUAUCAAAAAAUUUCAGAAUAAUUGAAUUCCUUCGAAGAAUUUUAAU